AAAAAAUAUAAAAUAAUGUCACAACAAACACGCAUUGAUCAAUUUUACAAAUUAAACCAUAAAAAACUUUUUAGAUCAAGAAGUGAGCCUUAUUCAAAGAAAAAGAAAGGAGGAAAUGAAAAGCAAAAUGUUUCAGUGUCAGAAAUUAAAAGUGAAUUGGAUUGUAUGAUAUACGACAAUCAGAAUGGUAAUUUAAAUAAUACAGAAACGAUUAAAAGUAAUGUUCAAGCAUUGAAUCAGAAUGAAUCAAAUGAUUAUUCCAAACAAAUGUUGAUGUAUGAUGACAACAAAAAAUCCAAUUUAUCAAUGGAUCAAGGAAUAAGUGAAACAUCAACUGAAAAUGAAGACUGCUUGAUAAUAUUACAUGAAAAGUUAAAUUAUCCAAAAAAUUCAGAAGUAUCACCAGACAAUAUUAACAUGCAAUCACAAAAAAUGUCAAAAAGUAAAUCAAAAAGCAAUAGUCACAGAAUAUCACCUAUUAUUGAAGACAAUUCUUAUUUAAAGAGAACUCCAAAUAAGAAAUUAAGAACCCCAGAUAAAAAUAAGUCUCCAUUGAGAAAUUCUAGUAGUUCUUCUUCGACACCUGAGAAAUCAAAUUAUACUUCCACUGGUACUCCCAGUAAAUCUCCAAGAACUAUUGCAAUGAAAAAACUUUUUGGUGAAUAUAUAGAUACUGACAUUAUUACUCAAGCUAUUGAAAAUAUGAAUUUAGCAACGCAAGGUGCUUUUCCAUGUAACUUUGAUUUAGAAAAAAUAUAUUCCAGAAAUAUAUUUAAGUAUCAGUAUAAUAAUACAAAUAGUAAGGGUGAAACAAAGUAUAAAUUAAGUGAUAUUGAUAUAUGUAAUGAUUUAGAUGCAAAAGUCUUAUUUACUACUAUCUUCAGUGUACUUUCUAAUCCUAUUAAUUGUACUUAUUUUGUAGAAUAUGAAUUUGAUUUCAUAUUUUCCAUAAUCACUCUUCCUAAAGAAGCUCAAAUGUUAUUGGCCAGAAUGAUAAAAAGGAAAAGAAAGUGGUUUAGGAAAAGCAAAAUAAAUUAUCCACAAAUAGCUGCAGAAUUAAAAGAUACUUUUGAAGUUCUUGUUUCACGAUCUAUUUGUUCUUUUGAUAUUAAAGAAGAAAACUUAUAUACAAUACUUGAAUUAUUACAAGUAAAUGAAAUUCAGCAACUUUGUAAGAGAAUGAAUAUUGGUUUUAAAGGAAACAAAGAAAGUAAUAUACAAAAGUUAUUAGUACUGUCAAAUAACAAACCUUUGUUCCCUGGAAUAAAAUCUCCAAAAAAUAGUUUAUAUAAUUUAAUUUUGGAUACAUUAGAUUUUUGUGUACGCAUAACUGAUAAGACUUGGAAUAUUAUUGAUUUAAUAAUAACAUUAUUAAUGCCAAAUCAAGAUCCCAAAAAUAGUCUGGCAGAUACAUUUCACAUAUUAUAUGAUGUUUAUUUAGGAAAAAGAAUAUAUCCAAAAAAUUUGAAUGAAAAUUAUUUUCCAGUAUUUUCUUCUGGAUUCCAUUUAAGAAGUUAUGUGGCAGAUAAAUCUUCAUUAUUUACGAUGUUACAAAAUAUAGAGAAAAAAAAUUGGGAAGAAGUACGAAAAUAUGGAAAUUUAGCUAUGAACAAGUUGCCAAAUUUAUUGAAUCACGAGUUAUUCAGAUUAAAAAAUUCUGUACUUCCUAAGCAUGUUAGACGUUUUAUGUCAGGAUAUAUAUGGUUGAAAAUACUUUCUAAAUCUAUAGAUGCAUUUAAAAAAGACAAAAAUGAAAAGGACAAUAAAAAACGAGUAGUAGAAAUUUUAUCAUUUUUAUUGGAGCAAAAUUGUCAUAUGCAUGUAUACAAAGGAGAAUGGUUUACUGAAUUAGCCCUCAUUGAAAUGCAUCAUCAUAAAAACAUAGAAGCAUCUGCAUCCACUAUAAUAAAAGCUUUAAAAACAGAAAACUUAACACAAGUGGAUAAAGUAAAUCUUAUGGAAAGAGCAAGCAAAAUUGUAAAAAAGAAAAAUGGAAUCAAAAUAACCACGAAACAUUCUAUUAAUGAAAUAUUAGAUAGUCAUGCUCAUUAUAUGCCAAAGUAUGAAGCAGCAUCUAUCAUUGUACAUGCCAUAGCAAUGCCAAGCAAUGCUGCAGGCAGUAAAAGUAGUUGGUGUAUAGAAAGCAAUGCUAAAAGUCAAAGUUAUGGAUCAGUAGAAGCUGUUGCACUUUAUCAUUAUCAAAAGCAAGGAUUCCCUAAUGGAUUGCAUUGUGAAGGUGCAUUACCAAAUAUUCUAUUUUAUACUUUGUUUUGGGAAGAAUUAUAUGAUAUGCAUGUUCCUGGAGCAUUUUCAACGCCAUAUGAAGAAGCUCCAAAUGAUUUAUUUACAACAGAAUUUUAUAAAAAUCGGAAAGAAAGAAUAGAUAUGAAACUGCAAAUUUUUGAUAAUUUAAAUUCUGAAUCAUUAAGUUCUUUGGUAGAAGAGAAAUUCGCGUUACUUAGACAAUAUCAAUCAAUAAUGUUAUCAAAUAUAAUAGAGGAUAAUUCACAAUUGAAGCAAAUAGUACAUUGUUUGGGAACUCAGGGUGUAAUAGGGAUUUGUAAACGACUUAUUGAUAAUUUCAAACUCUGGAGAGCUGGAUUUCCAGAUUUAAUUGUAUGGAAUUAUAAUACCAAAGAACAUAAAAUUAUAGAAGUAAAGGGCCCUCGAGAUGUCCUUUCAAUCAAACAACGACUAUGGUUGGAGUAUCUACAUCAACUCGAACUUAAUACCGAAGUGUGCUUAGUACAAGAUAAAAAUCAUGCAAAGAGUCCGCGUAACAAAUAGAAGUCUGAUUAAAUUUCAUCAAUGACAAUACAUUUUUUUACAUACAUUAUUCUAUUUUAUAUCAGCAGAAGUAUUUUAAAUAAGAUAUUGAUAUUUUUUUACACCAUAUUAUAUGUAUGGGUAUAAUUUGUAUUUUAACUUACUCAAAAUGUCUCGUAGCAGGAGUUGUUUCUAAAUUAAAUUCAGCGACGGGAAUUCCACGUUGUGCUACUUGCGGUGCAAACAUUGCGGCUGGAUAUACUACAGAUGAAGUACCAAUAACCAAGCAAACGUCACAGUUUUCAACAGCAGUAUCUAAUAUUUUAAUAAAAAGAUAAAAACGUUAUUUUAUUAAAAAAAUAUUUUAUUUAAAUGUUAUAUAUAUGUCAGUAUUAAACUUUUAAAUAUAUAUUUACUUACAAAAAUA